AUAUAUAAUUAGUUACUAGUAACUAACUAACUAUAUCUCUAACUAAUAAAAAAAAGCAAUGAAAUUCAUUGAUUUUCUCUUUGCACUGAAACCUCUUUUUCCAAUACUAAUAGCAAUUGCUUUAGCUGGUUUUAUCAUCAAAAUCCAUGGCAGUAGAUUUUUUGACAAGAAAAGAAGAUAUCACCCUGUUGCUGGCACAGUCUUGCAUCAACUGUUCAACUUUCAUAGGCUGCUUGAGUACAUGACUGACCUCACAAGCAAAAGAAAAACUUAUAGGUUGCUUAGCUUUAAUAGAAGUGAAGUGUACACUUCAGAUCCUGCUAAUAUUGAGCAUAUGAUGGCGACGAACUUCUCAAACUAUGGCAAGGGUUGGUAUCACCAUAGUGUCUUGGAAGAUCUACUGGGAGAUGGUAUAUUUACAGUAGAUGGAGAGAAGUGGCGACAUCAGAGAAAAUCAGCAAGCUAUCAAUUCUCAACUAAGUUAUUGAGAGACUUCAGCAGCUCAGUGUUCAAAUCUAAUGCGGUAAAACUUGCAGGGAUAGUGUCUGAAGCUGCAACCUCAAACAAUAUUAUUGAGCUGCAGGACCUAUUCAUGAAAUCAACUCUAGAUUCUGUAUUCAAAGUUAUCCUUGGUGUAGAAUUGGACACAAUGUGUGGAACCUAUAGAGAAGGCACACAAUUUUCCAAUGCUUUUGAUGAAGCUAGUGCUGCUAUUAUGUUUCGGUAUGUUAACUUUCUCUGGAAGGUUCAGCGGUUCCUGAACAUGGGAUCGGAAGCAGUACUUAAAAAAAACCUAAGAGUAAUCGACGAAUACGUGUACACAGUAAUCAGAAGCAAGAUUGAGCAAUCUCAAAAGCCACAGAAUAACUCUUCUGAGUUGAAAGGAGACAUUUUGUCAAGGUUUCUAGAAUUGAAUGAGACAGAUUCAAAGUACCUUAAAGACGUAAUUUUGAGUUUUAUCAUUGCAGGAAAAGAUACAACAGCAAUCACUCUUUCCUGGUUUCUUUACCAACUUUGCAAGCAUCCUCAUGUUCAGGAAAAAAUUGCACAGGAGAUUAUGGAGGCAACUAAAGUAGAAGAUGGAUCAACUAUUGAUGAACUUGCAGCUAGAUUAACUGAAGAAAGCAUGGAAAAGAUGCAGUACCUGCAUGCAGCUUUGACUGAAACACUCAGGCUCCACCCACCAGUUCCAGUGGAAAGCAAGUAUUGUUUUUCAGAUGACACGUUGCCGGAUGGAUAUAGUGUUACGAAAGGUGAUCUUGUUUCAUUCCAACCAUAUGUCAUGGGAAGGAUGAAGUUCUUGUGGGGUGAAGAUGCUGAGCAAUUCAGACCAGAGAGAUGGCUUGAUGAAAAUGGAAAUUUUCAAAGAGAGAGCCCUUUUAAGUUCACAGCCUUCCAGGCGGGUCCAAGAAUUUGCCUUGGCAAGGAGUUUGCAUACAGACAGAUGAAGAUAUUUUCUGCAGUUCUGUUAGGUAGCCACAGUUUCAAACUAGCAGACCAAAAUAAAUUGGUGAAAUAUAGAACCUCGCUUACUCUACAAAUUGAUGAUGGGCUGCAUGUGAAUGCUUUUCACAGAAAUAAAUAAUGGCCUUACUAAAGGGCACACAUUUAGAAUACUAUAUUGAUGAAAUACUACUUUAUUUUACUAUAUUGAUGUUGUUUGCUGUCUUGAGAAGGUGAGCUGUUGUUGUUAGGGGUUUUAGUGGGAGUGAUGGUUUUUUGGAGCGACCUUGGUGUGAGAAGUAGUCGAUAGGUGUUUGAUUUUUGUUUGUGGUCAUUUACGAUGGAGUGUAAGGUUUUGAAUCAACUUUUGGUUUAUGUUGGUUUUGUGGGUGUUUAUCUUGGUUUAGGUGUUGAUUAGAAUUUGGAGGUUUAUUUUUUUAUUCGUGUUUAAGAUGUACAUGCAUUUUCUUUUGGAUGUUCCUCCUAUAUACGGCACCAUUGCUAUGUAGUUUCUAUCGGUCCCUGUU